GCCUGUCCCUCCGCUGAAGAGAAGCCUCAGCACAGAAGUCCAGAUCCCCACCUGAAACUGUCGCCUAGGCCCCAUGGGGGAAAAGAGAGGGGUCUUGGGAGUUGAGAGAUCCAGGACUCAUCUGAGAACCCCUUUAACUGAAGCUGAAAGAAAGCACAGCCAUCCGGGGAAGGAUACUUAAUUCAUCAAAUAACACGCACAGCAACAAUUGGUCAAGCCAGUGUCGCUGCUGUCUUUAUGCAAAAGGUUUCAGCUUGUACCGUGUGAAAAGGGUGAAAGAGACGAUGUUUUCUGAAAACACUCCUGCCGGUAUCUGAGCGCAUUAGGGUCUCCUAGGGCCAAAGGAGUAGCUGAAAUGGACACAACUACUUUCGUCCCGUCAGUACUGUCAUAGACCAGCAAGAGUGAUUCAAGUUUGGGAACGGUGAAUGCGUUUCAAGCAUAAAUAUUCAGAGGGCAGAGGCGGAAGGAAGCUGAGCUGAGCCCAGGACCAGAUAGAGCGGCCCCGAGACAGCCUUGUGAGGUGCCAAAGGGGGCGACCGCGGGAGAGGGUGGUUCCAGUGAACACAGCCACGGGAAGGCGGUGAGCUUUGCUGGGUAAAGCCAUCGUCCUGUGCCAGCCCAGUCCUAAGGCGGAGGACUCGAGACUCCAGUGAGUGGCCACAGGAAGGAGCGGAAGACGGGACUGAAGACAGGAAACUGGACUUAGUUCUAGAAAGGAAUAAGCUCAAGCCACAGAAGGAACAGCGUUUUAUUAAAAUCCUGUGUGCAAUUCACCAAAUUAUAUUUUGACUGCCACCCUCUGAAAAGCAGCACCCUGGAAUAAACUGGGACCAGAAUUCUGCGGCUGUAGCCAGGCCAUCUCAACUUCUCACGAGAGGAAACACGACUGAACUUGGAAUCAGGAAACCUGAGCCCAAGCCAUGGCUUGUUUCCAAAUUUCGCCAAGCCGUUCCUGGAUUUACCCCACUACUAUCCUCUGCCUAUUUGGGUUUUUCUCCAUGAUGAGACCCUCGGAACCCUUCCUUAUCCCAUAUUUAUCUGGACCAGAUAAAAACCUGACCAGCGCAGAGAUAACCAAUGAGAUCUUUCCCGUGUGGACAUACUCUUACCUGGUGCUGCUGCUCCCUGUGUUCAUCCUCACGGAUUUCGUCCGCUACAAGCCAGUCAUCGUCCUCCAGGGGAUCAGCUACAUCAUUACCUGGCUGCUGCUCCUGUUCGGCCAAGGAGUGCAAGUCAUGCAGGUCGUGGAGUUCUUCUACGGGAUGGUCACCGCCACCGAGGUGGCCUACUAUGCCUACAUCUACAGCAUGGUCAGCCCAGAGCACUACCAGAGAGUGAGCGGCUACUGCAGGGCCAUCACGCUGGUGGCCUACACGGCGGGCUCAGUGCUGGCCCAAGUCUUGGUGUCCCUGGUCAACUUAUCGUACUUCUACCUCAAUGUCAUAUCCUUGGCCUCUGUCUCUGUGGCUUUCCUGUCCUCACUUUUUCUACCAAUGCCCAGGAAAAGCAUGUUUUUCCAUGCAAAAGCCAGCAAAGACGUCCAGAAGCCAUCAAGCACGAAUGCCGUGUCAGACGAGCCACGUGGGGACAAAGCACCCCACUGCAAUGAGGAGAAACCCGCUCCGGAAAUAGCCGCCUCUUCGGGGAACUGGGAUGGUGGGCUGCUGAGUGGCCCAAAGCCGGACAAUGUCGCUGUGAGAGUUUUUGUGCAGUGGUUCCAAGAUCUGAAGGAGUGCUACUCCUCCAACCGUCUUUUUUACUGGUCCCUGUGGUGGGCUCUUUCCACAGCAGGUUUUAACCAGGUUGUGAACUAUGUUCAAAUCCUGUGGGACUAUAAGGCACCGUCCCAAAAUUCUUCCGUCUAUAAUGGGGCAGUAGAAGCUAUUGCAACCUUCGGAGGGGCCGUGGCUGCCUUCGCAGUGGGUUAUGUGAAAGUCAACUGGGACCUUCUGGGAGAGCUGGCCCUGGCGGUCUUCUCCGUGGUCAAUGCCGGCUCCCUAUUUCUCAUGCACUACACAACCAGCAUCUGGGCAUGCUAUGCUGGCUACUUGAUAUUCAAGUCCAGCUACAUGCUUCUUAUCACCAUAGCAGUAUUUCAGAUUGCCGUCAACCUGAGUGUGGAACGAUAUGCCCUGGUGUUCGGAAUCAACACCUUCCUUGCCCUGGUGAUUCAGACCCUUGUAACUGUGAUCGUAGUGGACCCGAGAGGGCUCAACCUGCCAGUCAGCAUUCAGUUUUUGGUUUACGGGAGUUAUUUUGCCGUCAUUGCUGGGAUUUUCCUCAUUAGAAGCAUAUACACUAUCUACUCAGUCAAAUGCCGAAGGGAAGCGCAGAGCUCUCCCCUAAGUCAGAGUGCACAAGAGCCACACCCAGAGGGCCCCAGGGAUGCCAUCUAAUCUUAUGUUAAUGACUACAGCCUCUGAGCCAGAACCGUGCUGGUCACAAUGUCGUUGAGUGCCAUAAAUUGACACUCAUCACAAGUCUGGAUUCCGAUGAACUUUUUCAAAACCACAACAAAAUCCCAGCUUCAGACCAGAUAUCUUUAUGGGCAGCUGAACUAGAUGCAGUUGACAGGACCCACGAAUCUCAAUUAAACAGCCCACGUUGGGACCCCGGUGGAUGGCGGUGACUGAAAAAUUCUGUUCCGAGCACUUGCAAGGACAGGACAAUGGCAUGGAAAGAGACCACCGUCCUGGAGCUGAUGUUCCCCAUCUGUGCGCAGAAGUGCCAACAGCACGGACCCUGCUUCCUGGCUUAGACACGUGUUUCAUCCUACCAAAACAGGCAGCACGUGGAACAUUUUUGGUCACAUGAGUCAUUUUCCUUUUUCUUCCAUUAAGAGUGUUUCUGUAUAACAGUUCUCUAAGAGAAUUACAAAGUUUGGUCCCGUUUCUAAGGACUCCUCUCCGAUCUUGAUAACUUAGCAUUAUGAACAAGCUUUUAUGUGAUAAUAUCACAAUUGGAUUUUUUAUGAUAAUUUUUUACUUUGAGCUUUGCUGAGCUUUAUUGUUGAAACUACCUCAGCGAUAAUUCCAGACACUCCUGUGUGUCCCCAGAAUGACAUUCAUCUCAAUUCCUAGUGGCUCAACAAGAGACAAUGUGCUUUCUUCCUGUUAGGACCCAGAUAGGUAUUUUAUUGCUAUAUCAGUGUAAUGUCUGUCUAAAACAGAAAACUUGAACAGAAAUUCCAGAGGUUUCUACAAGUAUUCAUAAAUAAGAACAUACUGAUUGGGGGUGGGCACCUAAUUUUUAAGUGGCAGAGAUUGUACUAAAUAAAAUAAUGUGUACAGAAAUA